UGAAUUCUGCGUCACCGCGGUGUGGGUCCCUCCGCAGGUGCGCACGCACAGCUCAAUCAGGUGUGCGACGCGCCCUCACUCCUCAGCGCUCCGGUUCAGGAGAUGAAGAGGGUGGGGGCGGCUGAGAGAGCCCUCCCCUCGCAGACAUCUCCAUGGAUCCAUUCCUUCAUAACUCAACUCCUCUCCGGCUCCGCGCAGACGGCCCAAAGUGUCCCGAACCAGGCUGCGCCAGUGAGGCGCUCUGAGUAGAAUAUCCCCUGUUUAAUUAAUUAUUUUUUUUAAAACUAUUUUAAUAAGUCGAAGUAAAGACGCCCUUUCGGAGGAGGAGCGCCGUUCUCCAUGUGAGAGUCUCCAGGUCGCCCAGCGCACCCCAACGCCCGCACCGGUGAUGCCAUGCCGCGAAGCUCCACCGGCGAGGAGGGCGGCGGUACGGGGCUCUGGAUGAAGACCGCAGCGGGAAAGCGGACGCAGGAGUACCCCCUGAAGGAUGUGGAGUCCGGCAGAGCGGCGAUGAACAGCGCGGCGCGGGCCGGGGACGGGCUGCUGCGCGCCGGGGCGGCAGGUGCGGCGGGGCCGGACAGGAAGCAGGGCGCGCGGCUCAGCCUGCUAGGGAAGCCGCUGACGUACAGCGCGCAGAGCGGCCGCAGGAACGCGCGCUACCGCCGGCUGCAGAACUGCCUGUACAACGUGCUGGAGAGACCGAGGGAGUGGGCUUUCGUCUACCACGCGUUUGUGUUCAUCCUGGUGUUUGGAUGUCUGGUUCUCUCCGUGUUUUCCACCAUUCCUGCACACCAGGAAUUCUCCUCGCACUGCCUGCUGAUCCUGGAGUUUGUGAUGAUCGUGGUUUUUGGCCUGGAGUACAUCUUCAGGAUAUGGAGCGCUGGCUGCUGCUGCCGCUAUCGAGGUUGGCAGGGACGCCUCCGCUUUGCCAGGAAGCCCUUCUGUGUCAUUGAUAUCAUUGUCCUCAUCACCUCGGUUGCUGUGGUUUCAGCCGGUAGCCAAGGUAACGUGUUUGCCACCUCAGCGCUGCGCAGCCUCCGCUUCCUUCAGAUCCUGCGCAUGGUGCGGAUGGACCGCAGGGGGGGCACCUGGAAGCUGCUGGGGUCUGUGGUUUAUGCCCACAGUAAGGAGCUGGUGACUGCUUGGUACAUCGGCUUCCUGGUGCUGAUCUUCUCCUCCUUUUUGGUGUAUUUGGUGGAGAAAGAGUUCAACAAGGACUUUGACACCUACGCCGAUGCUCUGUGGUGGGGAACGAUCACCCUCACAACCAUUGGCUACGGCGAUAAGACGCCGCAGACCUGGACAGGACGCUUGUUAUCCGCCGGCUUUGCUCUUCUAGGGAUUUCCUUCUUCGCCCUGCCGGCUGGAAUCCUGGGGUCGGGUUUUGCCCUGAAGGUGCAGGAGCAGCAUCGGCAGAAACACUUCGAGAAGCGAAGGAACCCGGCCGCCAGCCUCAUCCAGUGUGUCUGGCGUAGUUACGCUGCUGAUGAGAACUCGGUUUCCAUCGCAACCUGGAAGCCUCAUUUGAAGGCGCUGCAUACCUGCAGCCCCGCCAAGAAAGAACAGGGCGAGCCCACCUACAGUCAGAAGCUGAGUUUCAAGGAGCGGGUCCGGAUGGCGAGCCCUCGAGGUCAGAGCAUGAAGAGCAGACAGACGACCAUCGGUGACCGCCAGCGCUGUUCACCGGGCAGCGAGGUGGUGGGUAGCAAUGAGCUCAUGAGCGGGAGCCCCGCCAAAGUCCAGAAGAGCUGGAGCUUCAACGACCGGACCCGAUUCAGGCCAUCACUGAGGCUGAAAAGUCAGGCGCGCAAUGCCACCCCAGAAGGGGAUGGAGGCGCGGCCACAGAGGAUUCGUUUGAGAGAGGCUGCCACUGCGACGUGACGGUGGAGGAUCUCUCAGCCCCUCUAAAGGCGGUGAUCCGAGCCGUCAGAAUCAUGAAAUUCCAUGUUGCUAAGAAGAAGUUCAAGGAGACGCUGCGUCCGUACGACGUGAAGGACGUGAUCGAGCAGUACUCUGCAGGACACCUGGACAUGCUCUGCCGCAUCAAGAGCCUUCAGACCAGGGUGGAUCAGAUUCUGGGAAAAGGCCAGAUUCCCGUAGAAAAGAAGCCUCGCGAUAAGUUGCACCCAGACGGAGACUCCCUGGAGGGCAUGAGCAUGCUGGGACGUGUCUGCAAGGUGGAAAGACAGGUGUCCUCCAUCGAGUCCAAACUAGACUCUUUACUGGAUAUUUACCGGCAGGUCCUGCAGAAAGGCUCUUCGGGACUCUCGUCUCUGCCGCUCUUUGAACUGGAGAACCACCAGCGCCACGGGUCGGACUUCCCGCUCUCCCCUCACAGGGGCGAUGCCAUCAGAAGCCGAGACGAGGGUGGAGGCAUGCAGCGCUCUCUCAGCGCCAGCCCCCGAGGCCUGCGCCUCAUUCUGGCGCCGGCUGAUGACGAGUGCCCUCCGGACUCCGAACCCCCCUCCUACCCCCCAUCCACAGCCUCGCUGUCUCCCUCCCCCCUACUGCCCCCGGACAGCCCAUACCCUACCCUUGUGACUCCUUCUAAAAAGUCACAGUUUCCUGACCUGCCACCCCCGCCUUCUUCAUCUGGGAGCUUCACUCUCCAGCUGCCCCCCAUGGUGCCGCCCAAUCUGCGAGGCCCUGUUCAGCCCAUGUCGGAUGAGGUGAUGGAUGAGAGCAGUCUGGCGCCCCCUGUUGUCGUGAGAUGCAGCGUUGACGAUGAUGACGAUGAGGAUGAUGAUGGGGAGGUGGAGGGCGGCGCCGGCUCCACGCAGGGGCGGGUCCAGCUGCGGAAGAAGCCCCCCCUGAAGUCCCAGGGGCUCUGGAGGAGGCACCUGAGCCUGGAGGUCAACCCCUUAAAGCUGCUCUCCUCCACCCAGGAGGCAGGGCCCGCCGACUGGGCUGGCAGCCUGGGCAAGUCUCUCUCCGUGCACAACCUCAGCCAGCCUUUGGGCAACCCGCGCCUCUCCUCCGCUCUCGACAACAGCAUCAGCAGCAGCAACGGGAGCGAGCGGGGCAACGAUCAACUCAGCAGCUGGGGGGGGACAGACUUCUUCAACAGUGAGUCCAACCUGGAGGAGUUACAGAGCGGGGAGGAGGCAGCUCCUCACCCCAACGGGCAGCAGGAGUUCCUUAGGCAGUCCUCAGACAUCCAGCUGGUGUGAGCAUCACACCUGAGCUGCAGCUGCUUCACACACUCCGUUCUCACAGCGAGGAACUUUUUGACGCUGUGAGACACGAAUGUGCUCUUCAUCACACCACUCAAGUCUUCAUCGAUGAACCCCAAUGACUUCCGCCAAACUCAGAAUGUCUGCUUUUGAAUGCAAGUUUUUAUGUUGCACAACACAAAGAGAAAUGAACAAAUAAAAUUCAUCAACUUUUUAAAAAAACAGUUUUUUCUUAUCAAUACUUUACUAGACUUUUUUUUAAAUUGCAAAACAGUUCAUCGAGGUCAGGGGUGUCCAACCUUGAGACCGUUUUGGAAAUGUUUGUUUUGUGGAAUUCACCUGUUUUACUUUCGCUCAUGUAGACAUGAUUUGACUUGUCCUAAUCCCAUCAAUGCAACAGUUAAACAGAAAAUAAGCCCACGCAUCUUCCCGUUGCAAGCAAACUACAACAGCGAUGUCGCGUUUCUUUGCCUCUAACAUUGUUCUCUAUGCAGAAAAAGCUGUUUUACUGAUUGUGUCUGUAUACUAUAUCCUGAAAUGCUCAAUAUAAACAGUAAUGAUAAUGCUGAAGCACCAUUUGAAAAAGCUGAAUCUAUGUUAAAUGCCCAAUCAGCUAAAAAGUAAAAUAAGGCAGAGAAAAACAUAAAACAAAUUUUAACAACUUUAAAAACAAAGCUAAAUCAGAAAAAACACACUGCAAAAAUGUUCAAAGAAAUCAGAAAAAUGCUAAUAACCAAAACUAAAUGUUUAACCGCAAAAUACUGAAUGUCAAAUUCGAUAAAAUUAGUAUAAGAAGCAGAAAAGUUACAUAUUUUUUGCUUGACGUGCCAACUAAUAAAAAAGCAGAAAAGAUUUUUUUUUUUUGUGCUAGACGUGCCAACUGAAAUGCUAAAUGCUGCAUUUGCUGAAGACUGACAGGUUCUGAGCAAUGCUUAAAAGUAAAAAAA